GGAGAGAGAGAGAGGGCAUUGUCAGAGAAAGAGUGAGAGUGAGAGAGAAUGGACGGCCGAGCUUCUAGCGCCUAGAGGACUAGCAAAUCAGCUGAAGAAAAAAUACCGAAAAUCCAGCGAUUCCAUGAAAUUCCAGAAGAGCGUGAGCGAAAUACGUGAAAGUAACUUGUUCACAAUGAAGAAAGGUACAGCACGGCACCGAACGCCUGACCAUAACUUGUGAGAAAGACGGAGAGUCAAAGAAAGAGAGAAGUUAAGGGGGUCGAGGGAUUUAGACCAGCGGUGGGUUAAGAGCCCCCCUCCUCAUAAACUAAAGAGAAACGUAAUAAUAGACGGCGAAAGGGGGUGAAAAAGACAAAGACGGGAGUUACAUGUAUCUCUUUUCAACGAUGCAUUUCGAAAAAGGAGGUUGCAGUCUACUGACAUAAAUCCAACUCAGGAGCCAAUCAAAACAGCGCACAAGGAACAGCAACAUGUCUCGCUCCGAAGAGGUCAACAAGAUGACCGAAAACGUGUACAAGGGGAUCCUGGACCAGUUUAAUCCCAGUCUAAAGAAUUUUGUCACCAUGGGGAAGCACUAUGAGAAAGCACUGACAGGAGUGACCGUGGCCGCCAAGGGGUAUUUCGACGCCCUGGUCAAACUGGGAGAACUGGCCAGCGACAGCCAGGGGUCCAAAGAACUGGGUGAUACGUUAUUUCAAAUGGCAGAGGUCCACAGACAGAUUCAAGUACAGUUGGAGGAUGUGUUAAAGCUGUUCCACUCUGAGCUGCUUUCCCAGUUGGAGCAGAAACUGGAGCUGGACAUUAAAUACCUGACAGCCACGUUGAAGAAGUACCAGAGCGAGCGCAAGUCGAAGGCAGACUCCAUCGAGCGCUGUCAGUCUCAGCUGAAGAAGCUGCGCAGAAAGAGCCAGAGCAGCCGGCACCCGAACAAGUACGGAGAUCGGGAGAUGCAGUUUGUGGAGCUGAUGAGCAGGCGCCAGGGGGAGCUGGAUACCAUGGUGGCAGUGGGCUACCGCUCAGCCCUAACAGAGGAGAGGAGGAGAUACUGCUUCCUGGUGGACAGGCAGUGUGCAGUCACCAAGCUCCUCAUCAACUACCACUGCAAGGUGAGGGAGCUCCUGUCCCAGAAGCUGUCCUCCUGGCAGCAGUCCUGCUCCCAGCCCACACGCCUCCCAGAAAGGGCCCUCAACCUGCUGCGACACACGGCCCCUCAGGGCUCCGGGGCUGCUGGGAUAGCUGAGGUCCUCCGACAUGCCAAGCUGGGUGCCGCGCAGCCACUUGAACAGAGACUGUCUGUACAGGAAGUCCCCCCACUGCUCAAUGGUGACAGUACCCUUCGUUCUCAGCGUGCCGUUCCGUCUUCCCAGAGUGAGACCCCCACCCACAAUGCCCCUGGUCCCCAAACCUUCCGCGCCGUCUCUGCACAAUCCGGCAGUACCCCACAGCAGGCCGCGCUCAACCUCAGUAACAGCAACAGCAACGCGUCUGCCAAUUCCAGCCACUCCCCACACACACCGCUGCACACGGCCACCAGUAAUCUGAGCCUCUCCCAAAGUCCACCCUCUGCCCCUCUUAGUCACUGCUCCCCAGUUUCCCACAGUUCCCUCAAAGGCUUAUCCCCAUCCCAAAAUGCCCCCCAGAGCCCCCCCCUUCCCCACAGUGCCCCUCUCUCCAGAGCUCUCACACCAGUGCCACACCUGGAGGUCAUCAGCAACUCUUCGCCUUCCCACAAUCCCUUGCUGUUUAAAGCAGCCGAACUUUACGCCACCUCCACGUUGCCACUGCCACGGAAACCAGUCAGUGAGGCAAGACUGGGAUUUUUGGGAGCAACUCUGCCUCGAGUCCUUCCUCUGUCGCCCCCUCCCAGGGUAGAAGCCCUCUUUCCCCAUGCCCCUGGAGGGGUGGAGGGGGGUGGUGGAGGGGGGUCCUGCCUUCUACACUUCCUCCCUGGAGACAUCCUUAUUCUCCUGAUCUCUGAGCCACGAGAUGGGUGGCACUAUGGACAAAACGAGAGGACCGGACGGAAAGGCUGGUUCCCAUUCUCUUACACUCAGCCCUAUGCAAACACACCUGAGCCUCCUGAAAACAGCUCCCCCCUUCUCUCCAAAGUUAACAGCACCAGCACUGGGCAGCUGGACAAGCUUGGAUCCCCUGGAAUGCUGAGCUUCAGUCCAGAGGCGGGAGAGGAGCGCUCCCCACCGCACCCAGUCAGCACCUUCCGCCCUCGGCCCUACAGUAUGGUCAACCCUGACACAACUCAGGUCAGGCAUCAGAAGGGCCCUCCUACACUCCCAAAUAUCUCAGCAGAAUUUGCUUCUCCUCCACCCUCCCCAACCAGGGCCAAUCCAUUUGCCCACGUCCGCCUCCGAAAGACGGUGACCAAUGAUCGUUCUGCGCCUCUCAUCCAAUAGGAAACUCGUCUACAGGACCAACCAAUAGGAAGACAUUUUUUUUUAAAUGGGUAUUUUUUUACAACUAAAUUCAUUGAUCAAGAUAACUGAAUAGAGAACAUAUAAAACAGAGAAGCCUUGUGUUUAAAUGUUACCUAA